CGAGAAGAAGACCCAUGCUCCUCCGUAUUCCCUCGUGGUUCUACGCAACCGACUUGGGAACCUGCCUCUGGAACCUCGAGGUAUGACGAUACCAGCUCUUCCAAAUUGAUCGAAUCAGCGGCAUGGCGACCCGGUCCUCCAAAUCUUACGGAGGCUGCUCGACGUGUAAAGGCCGCAAGGUCAAGUGCGACCAGGCAAAACCAGCCUGCGGCGAUUGCACACGAUUAGGAUUGUCUUGCGGCGGCUACACAAAUAACCUUCUAUGGAUCGAGUACGACCCUUUCGGCGGAGAUGGGAGUGGAGUUUCUAAGAUAGCGCAUGAUGCUGCGGCCUCUCGCCGAAUACUCUUGUCUGAGCGGGAAAGAAUAGCCAUGUCAGAAACGAUGGUACAAUCGCUGAGUCCGUACUCUAUUCAACAGGUCUUGGAUGAGUUGCAUGGCACCACUGAGCACGCCGAUACUUCAUACGCGACCACGGUAAAAGGCCCGUUUGGAUUGUUCAAGGCCACCUCCCCGGGGGGUUCUACGGAAGCAACCAUUGAGAGCGAGCCCGAACAAAAUGUAGAUGAUCUUUUCUCAGACAUUCAGUCAUACAGCAAUAAUGGGCCUUCGGCAAGCGAAACAGCAUUACCUUUGGAACUCUUUAUGGACUACGGUUUCGGCUCUCUGAUUACCAACGAAUACGAACUCUUGCAGCUGAAUGAAUUACUUCUCCACACACCAAAAUUUACAUCACCAUCUCCACAAGCCGGCAUAUCCCCACCGAAAGCCAAGGAUUUAGAGGAUCUAGACAUGUCGCGCAUUCAUCACCUUUUAGAGAACUACCAAUCCGACAUGGCGAAACUACUUCCCAUGUCAUACAACAAGAAGCCUCCAUGGCAGACUCUUUAUCUUCCAUCUACCAGGAGUACGGUUGGAGAGUUUGUUCUUGAAGGCGAUGCUGGACCAGCGCGAGCCUCGUUGCUCUUCUCCAUCCUUGCCAUCAGUGCAUUCAACCUCGACAGGCUGUGUGGAGAAGCUGAACAGACGAGCCAUUGGUGGCACCUUGGACAGACUUAUAAACAUAGAGCAAAAGUUCGGGCACGGCAGUCUUUGCAAGACGAGUCUACUGGUGGCCCGAAAGCAAAGUAUAAGGAUGUCUUGAUGGCACUUCUUGCAAUGGUUACCUUAUGUGUAAUGAGCGGUAGUCUCUCCGAGGCUAGGUUCUACCUGCUCGACGCCGAGAGGUUCAUUUGCAUUCGCGGCAUGUCAAAGCAGAAGAUUUCAAGGAAAGUGGCCCAGCUCCACAACAUCUAUCUGUACCAGAGGGUCAUAGAGGAAAGCACCUUUGUGUACCCCCGUCCGUCCGUACACGGAUUGAACCAAGACACACUUUUGAUCAAAGCUUCGGGCAUGGAAUUCCCUUCUCUGACAACCCAAAGCCUCACACGACAGACAAGUGCCGGGUCGGUUUCCCCCAUUGCCUUCGAAAACCUCCUUGUCCGGUCCAACACGAACCCAGAGACUGGUUGUUUAACAACCAGAGAGAUAUACGGCAUACCGCAAACAAUUCUUGGCUUGAUAUCGCAAACUACACAUCUAGCUAACGAGCUUGAUGCGUUCUACGUGGACGGCAUGCACACCACAUUUACCGACGAGUUCAACUUGAGAUCUACACAGUUGGAAAAUAAGAUAUGCAACUGGGAUGGCGUCAUACGAGACGGGUUCAGUCAGUCUGGGGUUGCAAACGAGGACAGCUGUCGAACCAUGCACCAUCUACUUCUUGCGCUCCACUCCUCCCUGAUUAUUUUCUAUUACAGACGAGUCAGAAAGAUCAACCCUGUGAUCCUCCAGUCAUACGUCGGACAAGUGUAUACACACCUGUUGCGUUGCACAGAGUUUUCGCUCCAGCACGAUCAGACCGUAGCCAUGGUAUGGCCUGGUUUCAUAGCUGCAUGUGAAGCAUUGAGCCUGGAUUCCCAACAGAAGUGGUUGCGGUGGCUGCGCGAAGCUAGCCUGAGGAGCAAUUUGAGUGGUUUCGACGUUGCUGCUGACGUGGCUACUGAGGUGUGGAAGAGACGAAAGGAGGAGUACGACAUCACAGUGAGCUGGGUUGAUGUAUUGAGGCAAAACAAUUUGCGCGUGAUUCUCACUUGAAGUUGUGGUAUGUUACUUGAAUGGAAUGAGGAAUAUUACCCGGAAAACAAUGGCAGCCCAGAAAUUGAAGGGAAGUGAUUGUGCUGGCUCGAUCAAUGUUGCUGGGAUUGACAUAAUGGACUUGGAAACUCGUUCGUGAGAUUGAUGCUAGUGAUGUAAUUGAGCGAAGCUUCGCGAAAACAUUGACUCUUCUCUCGUACGAAUAUCUACACAGUCAAUUGCGCACGGUUUAAGAUUGACCACACAGUCAAAAGAGAACUGAG